AUGUCGGUGGUGAAGUCCAUCGAGCUGGUGAUUCCGAAGGAUGUGUACGUAGCCGGCUCGGUGGUGGAAGGGCAGCUGGUUCUUAGCCUCCACAGCACCCUGGUGGACCCCCUGGUGAAAGUCGAGCUGAUCGGAAGGGGCUACCUCGAGUGGAUCGAAGAGGCCAACGUCGAGAAGGACUACAGCCAGCCGGGGACCUGCGUCAACAAGGCAGAUUACGUCCACAAGACAAAAACUUUCAAGAUAGAGCGGAACUGGCUGGGUCCGGGUGUCCACCCUUUUGAUUUCCACUUCGUCUUGCCUCCCAGGAUCCCUUCCACCUUCACAAGCCGGGUCGGACGGAUCAGCUACUUCCUCCAAGGCGUCUGCGCAACGAGGGAGCUUAUUCUCCGGAAGCAGAAGAAGUACCUGCUGGUUCAAGGGAUCUCCGUCUUCAGGCAGGACGUUGUCACAUCGGAGUUCCCCUUGGUGGUGGAAGUCGAGAAGGCCCUCCUGUACAACUGCUGCUUCAAGAGCUCCCCCAUCACCCUACGCCUCUCCCUUGGCCAAAGCAUCUACGCGCCGGGAGAUGACAUCACUUUCACAACGGAGAUCACCAACCGGUCAGGGAAGUCCAUUAAGAAAGUGGUCUUUGCCCUGCACUCCGUGGUCCUCUACAAAGCCUUCAACCUCCGGGCCGAGAAGCGCACCUUGGAGCAGCGCGAGGAGAUGAUGCGCCUGGAGUCUCACAUUGGGAGUGGGUCCCCCUGCGAGGCCACCAAGAUCAACAGCACCCUCUCCCUGCCCAAAGUCAUGUCUGUCAGCAGCUCAUGCAAGUCCGACGACAUCAUGGAUGUCGGGUACGAGUUGACGGCCACCGUCCACUUCCCCUGGUGCAUGAGCACCUUGGCGGCAAAGAUCCCCAUUAUUAUCCGGAAUGAAAUCGUAGGUGUUCAGGAAUAA